AUGGAGGACAGCAAGGAGGACAAUGUCCCCGUCCAAGAACAACACCGGGAGCCACAGUCGGGCUUGGGAUUCGAAGAUUCAUUUAAAUUUGACAAACCGGACACCCAACUCGCCAUUCGCAAUCAGGGCCGGGUAAACCGACAGCUGGCUACACACGAAACGCUGGGUCGCACGGGCUACAGCGCAUAUGUGCGACACGUGCAGUAUGGGUCGUACCAGGAAAAGCCCGCGUGCCUCGUAGUCGUUGAUUUCUCAUUCAGGUUCCCGACGCGGUCCAACAACCGCUUCACGUCGGCCUAUAUCGAGGUUCGUUUUGAAAAGGCGCCGCAGGGAGCAUCUGAGCCACAUGGUUCCGAGGACAGGGCAUCGUCGUCGCCUGAUGACCCCGAGGUGGUCAACUUUGCGCCAAAGCAAUUGAGCGACAAUGCGCCAACAGAACGCAAGGUGAACCGUCUCUUUGAGCUCGAAGUUCCCUUCAAAGUCGAGGUACCCUAUGUCUCAAUGGGCUUCUCGUUUAAGCGGUCGGCAGGUUGGGCCCGGACAGAAGAGGGCCGGGGCCGGGUGCACGGCGGAUUCUACCAAGACGACGACCAUGAUGACGGGGCCAACGGUGUGACAUGGGACGUGGAAGAAAAUCACGUUAGCAAAGAGGGCAUCGUGCGCGACCUGCGCACGCUAGUGAUGCUGCGCUGGCGACCCGAAGCGCCCUUUCUCAUGCACGUUCGCGUCAAGCCCGUCGUGAGCUUUGCCCUCGACGCUCGCAGGCUGGUAAGACGUCUUGUCGGCGAACGUGAUGAACCAGUUGCUCUGGAUGGGUGCAGCCAGAUGGGCAAUCCAGAGUGCUUGGCCAAUUCCAAUUUCGACUCGGAGGACUUUCCGUGGCAUGCUCUACUUAUUGAAUCUUAG